AAGAAGGACGAUGGCAAAAGCAAACGGGGCUCGAGCAAAUCGAUGCCUCGGCUCCUUCUUUUCUCGACCUUUUCGCUUUGCUUCCUUAGGAGUUGCGCGUUGCGUGGAAGGCCGGAGAGAGGCCAGGUCUGGAACUCGCGCUGUCUGUCUGGCUGGCUGUCACUCGCCUCGCGGGCUGAGCUGCAGGCGAACCCCGAGAUCAGCUUGUAGGUUUGACCUGGGUUCUUGUUUCGUCGAGGAUCCCCGGCCCCGGUAUCGAAUCGACUGUCUGGAACCGGUGCCUUGGUCGUAGGUCCUGUUCGCUUCCGCUAUGCGGGUCCAAUGCCCGGCGCCAAUGUGACCGACUGUGAUUUUACACUCUGCUGCUGCUGCUGCUGCUACUCGGUUUAGUAGUACCGUCACCUUGCCUGUGGAGUCUCUUUGUCGAAUGCGAUUCGAUGGAGAGGGACCGGGACGUAGUGAGCAAAGGUGUGAAGAAUGUUAAGGGGCCGUCAUCCAAGGAUUCAUCCGGAAGUUCACUCCCUCUCCUUUUAGAUGUCGAGGAUUUUAAGGGAACUUUUUCGUUUGAUGACUUUUAUAAGAAUCUUGUGUGUGAGGUUUUACCACCUUUACAUGAAGAAGAUGUCUCUUCUCCAAAUUCAAAUGAGCAGCCUCCCAUUUCAAAUGGAAACUAUCGUCGUAGCGACUCGGACGCGGGAGGGAGACUCACCCUCUUAACAGGCCCUCCAUUUGUCGAGGCUGAAUUAUUGCAGCCGCUUUUCAAAGAUGCCCGCAAGGAACUCGUGGAUCUUUGCAAUCAGGUUGAUACAAGACUGGAAAAAUUGAAAAAGGAGGUUGCUGCUUAUGAUGUGAAGCAUGGCAAGCGAAUUAGCGAGUUGGAAAAAGGAGUAGCGAUCUUGAAUGAAAGUUUUGGCCGCUUGGAUUCUCGAAUAUCUGGUGUGGGUCAAACCGCCGCAAGGAUAGGUGACCAUCUUCAGGCUGCAGAUGCUCACAGGGAUGUCGCAAGUCAGACAAUCGAGCUCAUUAAGUAUCUGAUGGAGUUCAACAGCAGUCCAGGCGACCUCAUGGAGCUUUCUCCUUUGUUCACAGAUGACAGCCGAGUUGCUGAAGCUGCAGCUGUUGCUCAAAAACUUCGUUCUUAUGCUGAGGACGAUCUUGGAUUGCCCGGACCAGUAUCCUCUUCAGCGAUGAAGAAUACUCCCAAUGCGAGCAUGGGUCUGGAGGUUGCUGUUGCGAAUUUGCAAGAUUAUUGUAAUGAGCUUGAAAACAGGCUACUAGCUAAAUUUGACGCUGCAUCUCAAAGGCGAGAAUUAUCGACUAUGGCUGAGUGUGCAAAAAUUCUGAGCCAGUUCAAUAGAGGAGUAAGUGCCAUGCAGCGAUACGUUGCCUCGCGCCCCAUGUUCAUGGAUGUGGAAGUAAUGGAAUUAGAUGCGAAAACUGUUGGGGAGCCAUCUAACAUUGCGAGGGGUCUGAAUGCCCUUUACAAAGAGAUUCUAGACACUGUACAGAAGGAGGCAGCUAUGGUUACGAGUGUCUUCCCUUCUCCAGAUGCUGUGAUGUCCAUUCUCGUCCAGAGAAUUCUUGAGCAGCGGGUGUUUGCAGUUCUUGACAGAAUUUUGGAGAAACCAACACUGGCCAACCCUAUACCAAUCGAGGAAGGAGGCUACUUGCAGUAUCUUCGGACGUUAGCUACUGCUGUCGAGAAGACCCAGGACCUUGCGAAAGAGCUACAAACUCUUGGAUGUGGUGAUCUGGAUGCCGAAGAGCUUGCUGAGGCUUUAUUUUCCUCACACAGGGAUGAGUAUCCGGAAUUGGAACAGGCGUCUCUCUGUCAGCUUUAUCAAGAUAAGAUUGCAGAAUUGAGAGUUAUGGGUGCACAAUCAGGUGAUCCAAGUUCUGGGGCACCUGGUACUCCCCGUGGACCUGGUGCUAGAGCACCUGCCACAUCUUUUGGGGGUCAGAUGGUUAUGUCUGUCAGUGUGGUUACGGAGUUUGUGCGGUGGAAUGAGGAGGCAGUACAGCGUUGCACCCUACUGACUCCACAGCCAUUGCGCCUUGCAACGAAUGUGAGGGCUAUUUUCACGUGUCUGCUCGACCAGGUCAGUCAGUACACAACAGAAGGACUAGAGCGAGCACAAGAAGCACUGAAUGAAGCAGCUGCAUUGCGAGAACGCUUCAUGCUUGGUACUAGUGUUAGUCGACGAGUGAUGGCCGCUGCCGCUGCCGCUGCAGAAGCUGCUGCACAUGCAGGAGAAAGCAGUGUUCGUAGUUUUAUGGUUGCUGUUCAGCGAGCUACCGCUAAUGUGGCUCUUGUUCAACAACACUUUGUAAACUCAAUCUCUCGACUGCUUCUACCGGUGGAUGGAGCCCAUGCUGCGUGUUGUGAAGAGAUGGCAAACGCGAUGGCAAACUCCGAAGCAGCUGCCUUGAAAGGGCUUCAAACUUGUAUUGACACCAUACUUGCAGAGGCAGACAGACUGUUGACGGCAGAACAGAAACCUCCAGAUUAUCGUCCUGUCGAUGAUGGCAAUCCUCCGGAUCAUCGGCCGACUACAGCAUGUAUUAGGGUGGUGCAAUAUCUGGCACGAAUGUUGGAGGCAGCACAGGGUGCGCUAGAAGGACUGAACAAACAGGCUUUCAUGACAGAGCUGGGAAAUCGUUUGCAUAAAAGCCUAGUCGCGCACUGGCUAAAAUACGUAUUCAGUGCCAGUGGUGGUCUGAGAUUGAAGCGUGACGUUUCGGAGUACGCAGAAUUUGUACGCAGUUUCAAAGCGCCUGUUGUAGAUGAAAAGUUCGAGCAGUUGGGAACGUUGGUGAAUGUUUUCAUCGUGGCACCAGAGAGUUUGCCGACUUUACUCGAUAGCAGUCUCAAGCUCGCCCGAAAGGAUGCUCUUCGGUUCAUUCAACUCAGAGAGGACUACAAAAGCGCGAAGAUUGCUACACGUUUCACAACCUUCGUAGUGGACUGAAGCCGUCCGAGAAAAGAUUAUCUUUUGUACAUUUGGCUUUUAACAUAAUUUUUUCAGCUCUGGGCCCUCCUCUUUCUGGUCUCCUCGAAUUUUGGCAGAGUACUCACAAACCAAGUGCCCAGUUACAAUCUAUCUUUCACCGCUGAUUUUUUCAGAUGGCGUAAUCAACCAUUCACUGCAGAAGCAUUACCUGGACAGGAUUGACUGAGACUGCUGAGUUCCUUAGGUGGCAGCAUAUUCUUUCUCCUCUCUCGCGAGAGGUUUCUAUGUGUUUUAUCAAUGCGGCCUCUUACUAUAGUGUCACCACUUAGUUUAGCCUUUGUGACUAUAGCAGGGCAUCAAAAAUUUAUUUACACAGCUGGUCACUGCCAGCUACUAUAAUGAUGUGGAGAGGUCAUGGAAGUAUAAGAUCAACCUCUUUCUUAAUGUAAGCACCUUGUGCGCCAAGUUGUAUCAAUCCAAAUGUGCUACUUGUUUGGAAGCUGUCCC